GAGGCCGCGGCGGCUCCACCCCGAACAAGUUGGCUCCGCUGUGGGGGAUCCGGCUGUGCCGAGAGACCGGGGUCUCCUGAGCCUCCCGCCCGCCGCCGGCUCCGGGCCCCCCGCUGCUCUGGGACCCAGGCGGGCCCGCGCCCUGUACCCGGUAGGGCCGCGGCUCGGGGAGGGCCCGGGUCCUGCGCCGCCCCGAGCAGCCCCGGGAGCGGGGCUCGGAGCGCCGGGGAGGCCGGGCAGAAAUGUCAUUCCCGGGAGUGUGCAGGAAACCCUAGAGAACUGUAAUGUCUAAGCCUACACGGAGUGACAACUCUAAGACGCUAGCUUUCUCUGCUGCUUGAUCCUGCAGUGAUGCCAUAAUGCUGAAUUUUGGACAGCCCUCAUCAUUACCAUGGCAACAGACUGAUGUCACAGACUCAAGGACAUGACUUCAAUGCAUGAUCAUGCAGAGGCAGAACCUGGUUUGUGAAGGAGAAAGCUGACUAACAGACACCUGAAAAGCAAGCAAGGGGAAACAAGGUGUUUCAGUUUGAAAAUCUCCCCUUUUAAAAGGCAAAUAUGAAUCUGGUCACAUCUUAGAGACGGGAAUGUUCUGCAUGGAUGGAUGGACGUUCUUAGAAUCGAUAUGCUGACAUUUCACAGUUUCUAGGUGGCAGAGAGACAGUGAAACACUGUGUGGGGCAAGAAAAGCGGUUGCGGGAGCCUGCAUGUAAACAAAGAUGGAUUGGCUGUGACCGCGUGCCUUAGGUGGGGAGAUCGGUAGUAUGAAGACUUCCUACAGAGCUGGCCUCCACAGGGAACCACUGAAUUCCACAUCAUCUACAUUCCAUCAAGUCAAACGGGCUUCUGGCAUGCACUUAAAGCCAUACCUCAAAUUACAGAAGAAAGAGCGAUCUCUAGAUAUAAGCCAAGAUUCCCUGAGAGGCCUGCAUAUGAGCCAUCAAAGGUCAGCACAGGAGGAAAAGUAUACGAACAACUGCACCAAACUGAGCAUUUUACCUACGUCCCCGGUCGUGACUUCCUCUCGAAAGCCUUUGGGAAUUAUUUACCCUGAUGCUAUGUGCAAUAUGAGCCGGAAGGCUCCAGCAGAAGGCCCAAGUGUUGAGAAGAAGACUGCCCCGUCUGCGACAAUCCACCAGGGGGAUGAGGGGGAUGGACCGUUAGACAUCUGGGCUGUCGUGAAACCUGGGAAUACCAAGGAAAAGAUUGCCUUCUUUGCAGCCCAGCAGUGCAACAAUAGGAUGGGCUCAAUGAAACUUAAAAGCACCUGGGAUAUAGAUGGAAGAUCAGCUAAACGAAGGAAGAAAUCCGUGGAUCUUAUAAAAGCAAAGAUUCAAUUAGAAAGGAUGAGAGAGGCAAACAGGAGGUGCGCCCAGCCUGAGCCUUUUGCAUGUGGCAUUGAGCACUGUUCUGUACAUUAUGUUAAUGACAAUGGUGAAGGGAUAUUUCCAGGUCGAUCCUUAUCUGUAAUCGAGAUGGUAGCUUUUCUAGAACACAGAGCAAGUGCUUUGCUGGCCGACUGCACCAAAAACUGCACGAACGCUUCCACUACAAGGCUGAGUGGGCAAUCCAAAGGUGCACUUCCUGCUUCAGACCCUUUCUCUGCCCCGGGGGCCUGCGAGGUACAUUCUGAAAAAGGGACCUGUGGGAGUGGUGAGCAGCAGAAUGAGCCCGUGCGUGUGCUGGACAUGGUUGCAAAGCUUGAAUCUGAGUGCUUGAGGCGCCAGAGCGAGCGUGAAGCAGGGAGCCUAUCCAGGAACAACAGCUUCCGGAGAAACAUAGGGCGGAUGUUACUGGCGAAUGGCACCCAGUCCGAGUGUGACACUGGGAAGGUAUCUUCCAAAGUCCUUGGCCAGGAGGUAAGUUUAAAAGAUCCUGUUACAGUGGAUGAUGAUGGACAGAGAACAAAGCGUGGCCCUUCGGCUGCUGAUGAAUUAUGGGAAGGAGCUGCUUCUGGUCAGCAGUCCUUUCCGGCAGUAGCAGCUGUGGAUAUCCACAUGGUGAACAUCAGUGUCAAGCUUGGUCAAGAAAUCUCAGUGAGACCCGGCAGCAGAGGUGAUUCUGAAAUGAUCGUGGAACCUCUGGGGUCCAUCCCUUCUACAUGUCCAGGAGCUGUUGGGCUGUCGUCAGAUGCCAUGCAGAGCGAGAGUACGGCUGUUGAUUGUUCGGCUAGAGAACCUGUAUCUGUUCCUGAUCUGAAUUCACAUCCAAUGAGGAGAGAGUCUUUAUGCAUCAGUAUAUCAGUCACCAAGACAGAGAAGGGGUGCAGGAAAGAGCAGCCUUCUAAUAUUAGCUUUGGUGAAGGUCCACUUCCAGGGAGGCUGUUCUUUCUGCAUCCUGGUCACCACACCAAGCAAGAACACACAGGGUUAGGGGAAAGUACUAAAGAAAAGCCAGGAGAAGUGGGCCAAACUGAGGAUGCUGCUGACAAUAAUAAAGUGUGUGAGAUCAGUAGUGUUUCCAUAGAGCCAUUUGCCCUUUCACUGUCUCCCAUGGAAAGUGCUUUGCAGAUACUUGACACUUCUUGUUUGAAAAGGCAGGUGUCUCAUGACUUUCUGGAGACUAGGUUUAAAAUUCAGCAGCUUUUGGAGCCGCAGCAGUAUAUGGCCUUCCUGCCCCACCACAUCAUGGUUAAGAUCUUCAGGUUGCUCCCCACUAAGAGUCUAGUCGCUCUUAAAUGUACUUGUUGUUACUUCAAAUUUAUCAUUGAAUACUACAACAUAAGGCCAGCUGAUUCCCGCUGGGUCCGUGAUCCACGGUACAAAGAAGAUCCUUGCAAGCAGUGCAAGAAGAAGUAUGUGAAAGGGGAUGUGUCAUUGUGCCGGUGGCAUCCCAAACCCUACUGUCAAGCUUUACCAUAUGGCCCAGGGUAUUGGAUGUGCUGUCACAAGUCUCAGAAAGGCAUCCCUGGGUGUAAAUUAGGUCUUCAUGACAAUCAUUGGGUUCCUGCCUGCCACAGCUUUAACCGCACGCUUCACAAGAAAACCAGAGGAGGAGCAGCAGAUGCGGAAGAGGAAUAUUAGUGCACAUACACUUUCUCUUGGGAGGAGGAAAUUUUCAUGCUCUGUGCUGUUUACAGUGUAUAUAAUUGUGUUUUCACAGGGCUAUGAAACUGCACAUACUUAAACACAAGAGCCUUUACCUGUUAGAUUACAGAUAGCUUUUAGCCCAUCAUUGUAAAUAACACUAUUAAAAACAAAUUGUACAUAUAGAGUCUACAGCUGGCUGAACAAUUUAAUCACUACAAUGCAGCUAUGAUAGUGUUGCGGCUAUAGUCAUGUGUGUUUUUAAGUGUCUCGUUUCAAAAUCUGUAUAUCCUGUAUAAUAUAUGAGCGUUUCUGGGAAGAAACUCUAAAUAGGUAAAGGUUAACUUGUUUAAAGGAUCUUCAAAUGAUUUAACUGGACAACCUUAACGUUAGACUAGACCAGAUAUUUGUUAUGGUAGCGUAGCAGUGAACAAAAGAGAGGAAUAUUAUUGUAUAGGCAGAGUAUAAAAAGGUUCUUGUCUCCCUUACCCAUGUUGUCUGGUUGUUGUUGUUUUUUUUUACUUUAAUAAAAUGUGCAUUCUAGA